AUGUCGAACGAAGAAAAGAUGGAGUUGACGCAGGAGAUUGGUCCGGCCUUUGGUGUCUCUGUUGGCAUCGUGGCCUUUGUUUAUUGGUCGAUCACCUUGCCGAUUUUGCUGAAUGCCUACCGCGAAAGCACUGGGGAAUGGCCGCGCUUUGAGGAGCUGUUUUCGCUCUCGGACGGUGGUCGAACUGCAGGUGCCGUCGCAGGCAUUCUUGGAUUGGCAGCCUUGAUGAAACCUUUGCGCAUUGCUGCUGCCAUUGCGCUCACGCCAUGGACAGCCGACAACGUUCUGCCGCUCAUCCCAUGGCUAAAUUCUGGUGACAAGAAGGACAAGCCAGACAAAUCCUGA